GCUUAACCAAACAUAGUGAAACUAAAACUAGAUCUCCCUUCUUUUCGUUUUAAACUAAUCGUCUUUUACUAUGAUUCCCUCUUAGAAAACAUUGCAAAGAAGCGAGCCUAUGUGUCUUGGAAAGCCCUCUUCACAAACAGACCGAUUACAAGCGGACAGAUCUGUUUAAAUUUUUGGCCUCUGGGGUCAACAGGUCACACAAUAGCCCGCCUAUGAAAAGUGUAGCCAAAAGUGUCAUAUAGCCAAAUUCGCCUGUUGUCAAACGACCCAACCUCUUCACCACUACACGACCUAAACCUCUCUGGACGUUUGUGUGAGAAUUUUCGGCCCGAAAUAGCUCAAACACUGCCAAUUUUUUGAAGCGAAGUGCAAACAUGGCCAAUAUUCACCAAAGCGUAUUUGCUGAAUACCAGCGAAGCAAGGAUGUGGAAUUAGAAUUUUCCGAGGAGAAUCCGACGACGAAAUAUGAGUUUGGAGAUGAAAUUGGCAGGGGAGCGUUUGCCGUGAUCAAGCGAUGCCACCGUCUCGAUGACAAGAACAAAAAGCUUAUGGCUGCCAAGUUCGUGAAGUACACCGACGAAGAUGGUGAGGAGGAUCCCGAAACGCUGAAAAUUCUGAAACGCGAGGUCGCCAUGAUCCAGAAAUGGGAACACGAAAAAUUUAUCAUCCUUCUUGAGGUUUACAUCGUACGAAAAUACGUUGUCCUCAUCAUGGAAUGGGUUGACGGCAAAAACUUGCUUCCCUACUUGAUUGCCAAACAAGAGGCAGCAGACAAGGCUCGAAGUAAGCCAAAGCUUUCAGAAAAGGACAUUGCCUUGUUGACCAAGCAGUUGUUAAUGGCAUUACAAUACUUGCACCAACAGGGCAUCGCUUAUCUCGACAUCAAGCCUGACAAUAUCAUGGUUCAAUCCAACGGAAACAUUAAACUGGUUGAUUACGAUAACUGCCGGCAUAUUGUUAGCAAACAAGGAGAUGUAGUUGAUUGUAUCGGCACACCUGAAUUUACAGCUCCUGAGGCUCUUGUGUACGAAAACUGUUCUCAAGCCACGGAUAUGUGGUCCUUAGGUGUCCUUAUUCAUGUCAUGAUGACGGCGAAAUCACCAUUUGCUGAUCCAGAUGAGAACGAAGUCCUUAAAAAAGUUGCAAAAGUUAAAUACGAGAUGGCAGAUUUUGGCAGAUGCACUCCAUAUCCCAAAAAUAUUAUUGAAGGCGUUUUCAAAAGAAUACCCGAGAAACGUUUAACCCUGGAUGCUGUCUUGGCUCAUGAAUGGUUUAAGAAAAAUAACAUUCAAAUGAUGCAGCGAAAUAUGAUCCCCGCAACAACCGCAGAUUUCAUCCAAAUAAAAGAAACGUUGGAUUCCUUAGAAAGUGAAGAACCAGUGUUUGCGUCGUGUGUGCUGAGAUCAUUCAAAGAGGAUCCGUACGACACCCCUGACGAAGACGACGAAGAUGAAGAAUAAUAAACUCUGUGUACCAUGAAGCGUUGGGUCUGCGUAACAGUUAGGAAAUAAUUUAGAAUGCAUGUGUCCUGCUUGUUAGAAAUUAUAGUCGUAAUAUCGAAUUGUCGGCCUUUUUCCAAAAAGAUCUAUUUUUGUCAACCUUUUUUAAUUAAAUAUAUAUAUAUAUAUUC